AUGGAACUGUUAUUAAAUGAUAAGCAAGUUGUAGGAAUUUGGAGGAUGAGAGGCAUCGGUAAAGCAACUAUUGCGCAAGAAGUAUUUCAUCAAAAUAGGAAUAAAUUUGAUGGUUAUUACUUUGUAGAAAAUGUUAGGGAAACAAUGACAAAGGAAUCAUCAAAUGAUGUGCGAGACAAAAUCAUUCGUCAAUUAUUAAGGAACAAAAGUUUACAAGAAGGAAAGUGUGAUUUAUAUGGUGAUGGAAGUAGAAUCAUUGUAACUAGUAGAGAUAGGCAAGUACUUAAAUAUGUUAAUUCAAAGGAAGGCAUAUAUGAGGUUGAGAGUUUAAUUGAUUCUCAAGGUCUGGAACUCUUUAGCUUGCAUGCCUUCAAGCAAAAUCUUCCCGAGGAAGGAUACAUGAAGCUAUCAAAGAAGCCAACAAGCUAUGCCAGAGAGUGGAUUUCAUUAAUUGAUGAAUCUGGAAAUAGGCAGGGAUGCAAUAAAUUCUUUCUAUAUUACCAUGGGGAAUAUGUGGAUGAGGAUGAGGAUGAUGAUGAUGCUCUAACACAUGUCGAUGAAGAGUGUUUCGUUAAUGCCUCAUUUCGCUUCUCCGUUGAUGACGACAUGGAGAAAAUUAUUGGGUGUGGGUUGCACAAGACCCUUCCUUCAUCCCUUCUAAUGGCUUCUACUUCUUCCACUCAUCCCAAUCAGUGGAAGAAAUGGGAUGUUUUUAUUAGUUUUAGAGGCGACGAUACGCGUUAUGGUAUUCUCUCCCAUCUCUCUAAAGCCUUGAAGGACAAACAAAUCAAGACUUUUACGGACGAAGAGCUUCAUAAAGGGGAAAUGAUAUCACCAGAGCUCUUGAAAAUAAUUCGAGAAUCAAGCGUCUCAAUAGUCAUUUUUUCUGAAAAUUAUGCAGAUUCUCCAUGGUGUUUGGAUGAGCUUGUUGAAAUACUUAAAUGCAAAGAAGAAUCAGGACAAAUAGUUCUACCAGUUUUUUACAAGGUAGAUCCAACUGACGUUCAAAAGCUUACGGGGAAUUUUGGGAAGGCAUUUGCUAUUGCUACGCAUGGAGAAAAAGGCAGUCCACAAAAGGUCGACAACUGGAAGCGUGCUAUGAUGGAAGUAAGCAACUUAUCAGGAUGGGAUUCACAGAAUAUCAAGUAUGAGGCCGAAUUAGUAGAGAAAAUCGUCAAUGAUGUGUUGAAAAAAUUUAGUGAUAUGUCUAAAAGUGAUGAUUCUUAUGAUACCAAAUUGAUUGGAAUUAAAUCGCGUGUGGAAAAAGUGGAAUGCUUGUUAAAAGAUAAGCAAGUUGUAGGAAUUUUGGGGAUCGGAGGCGUUGGUAAAACAACUAUUGCACUAGAAGUAUUUCGUCGAAACAAAAAUCAAUUUAAUGGUCAUUACUUUGUUGAAAAUGUCAGGGAAACAAUGAUAAAGAAAUCAUCAAAAUCAGCACGAAAAAAAAUAAUUUGUGAAUUAUUAAGGGACAAACAUAUAGAUGAUUUGAAUGAUCAUGUUUGCAAAAGGCUCAAGAGUAUGAAGGUAUUGAUUGUUUUUGAUGAUAUAGAGGAUCGAAACCAUUUAAAAGAUUUAGCAGGAGAGUGUCAUUUGUAUGGUGAGGGAAGUAGAAUCAUCAUAACUAGUAGAAAUUCACUUGGUUUAUCAAUAGAAGGCAUAUAUGAGGUUGAGGAGUUAAUUGAUUCUCAAGCUCUGGAACUCUUUAGCUUACAUGCCUUCGAGCAAAAUCGUCCCAAGGAAGAAUAUAAGGAGCUAUCAAAGAAGGCGACAAUCUAUGUUGGAGGCCAUCCACUAGCUCUUAAAGUUUUGGGAUCUCAUUUAUUUCGUAGGACGAUAGAAGAAUGGGAAAGCGAAUUGGAAAAAUUGAAAGGCAAAUCUCUUAAAAAAAUUGAAGAUGUUUUGAAAAGAAGUUAUGAUGGGCUAGAAAAGAAUGAACAGGAAAUAUUUCUUGAUAUUGCAUGUUUCUUCAAAGGGGAAGAUAAAGAUGAGGUUGAGAGAAAAUUAAAAGCAUUUGGUUUCUAUCCAGAAAGUGGAAUACCUCGUCUAAUUGAGAAGUAUCUGAUAACUGUUUCAAACAAUAGAGUGGAUAUGCAUGACUUGCUAGAGCAAAUGGGCAAGGAUAUUGUUAAUGAGGAAUGCAAACAGCCUGGCGGACGCAGCAGGUUGUGGAAUUAUGAAGAUAUUGAUCAUGUAUUGACAACAGAGACGGUAAGGACCAAAUUAAUCAAUGAAGCUUUGAUCAUUAUCAUAUUUGAAUUUUGUAAGAAUUGUAGAUCUCGUGACGAAUUAAGUAUUAAUCAAUAAUCCUUUUUGCUGUUAUUUUACUAGGGAACUGAAAAUGUUGAGGCCAUAUCGUCUCGUACGGUUUGGAAGCCUUUGAAGCUAAGUGCCACGGCCUUUGCGAAGAUGUGCAAUCUUAGAUUCAUCGAAGUAGGUACAAUGUGGAACGAAGUGCUCCUUCCUAAGAACUUUGAAUUUUGUGCACAAGCACUAAGAUGUCUUUACUUGUAUAAUUAUCCUCUGGAAUCUUUGCCGUUAAAUUUUUGGCCAAAGAAUCUUGUAGAACUUCACAUGACUUCUAGCAA